CUCUUGAAAUUCAUGCUUUUUUUUUCCAGUCUAAAACGUAUAUGUGCAGUUGGCAAGGGGAUACUCUGUGUUUCACAAUCGACUUUGCUCUGGGAUUUACCUGUUUUGACUGUAAAACAAAGAACGUACUGUGGAGGUUUAAAUUCUCUCAGCUGAAAGGCUCUUCAGAUGAUGGGAAAACAAAAGUAAAGCUGCUUUUUCAGAAUCCAGACACCAAACAAAUAGAGACAAAGGAACUUGAAUUUCAGGAUCUGACAGCAGUUUUACACUGUAUUCACUCCUUUAUAGCUGCGAAAGUGGCAUCUGUGGAUCCAGUAUUCAUAGACAGCCAGAGUAUUGCAAGAAAAUAUAUGUACAGUAACUGAUAUAAAUGUUGUGACUAUGGAAAAUAAAUUAUUUUCUUAAAGAAAUUAGUUAUUUCAUGCACAAUAUUGCAACUUUGUGAUUUUCUAAGUCUGUGGUUGUGUUAUCUGUAAUGCUAACAGUUUUCACACUUUGUUUAACAUUUUGAAUCUAUGAGUUAACAAAUAUUAAAUCAAACUGAAUCAGUUUGUUGUCUUCAGCACUAAUCUAAUAUUCUGAGCAGAUAUUCAUUCAGUAACAUCUGUGGUGUCAUUUUGACUUCUGUUCUCAUGGUCAUGCAUAUCUACCCAUAUAUUAGAUAAAAACACAAAGUAACAUUUGAAAAUGUAUGUCCAAAAAUUAGGAUUUUUAAGUGUAUUUUGAAAAUUGCUGGGCACAAUUUCUUCAGUCCUCGCUGAAAAGAACUGAUUAUUGUAGAAAACUACAAUAGGAAUUGGACUUUCAUCUUGUUUUGAUGUGUUUGAAAAUUUAUAGUUCCUUGGUCCAGUAUUUUUGAAGCCAGAGAGUUAGAUCUGGCAUAACACAAAGUAAUUUGUCUCAGACUGAGGAAAAGAUUGAAGCCCAUGCUUGAUUCUGGCCUUAUUAUGUAGCCUGAGUGUAUGCAGAAGGUAAUGCUACAUAUGUAUUUAAAUACCUUGCCAGAUCAGCUGAAGAGCUUUGUUCUAAGCUAAGGAGCCUAACUAUAGCAUUGAGCUGUAGAAAACUUGCCGUAGGAUUUUCUUAUCUGUUAAUAAAGCUUCCAUGAAUCAUUCAUACACAUCACUCAUAGAUUCCCUGAACAGUAGCCUCCAAUGUGAUGCUCUGUAACUUCUUUUUUUUUGACAGAGGAUGCUCUCAGUGGGGUGAACAUAAAGAAUUUUCUGGCCCAUCCACCUUCUUUUUUUUCCCCACACCUCUAGCCCUUUCUUACAUAUGUGUUUAAACAUAAAUGAAAAGAGGA